CUUUCCUUCACAUAAAUCACAAGUCAUUCACAUACUUAGGCAUCAAAAGAUAAACACUUUUUUCUUAAAUUUGAGAGCUUUACCUUGUUCUUUAAAACAUUUAAAAUGGGCUUCCGUUUACCUGCAGCUAUAAGAAGGGCUUCAUUUAGCAGUAGCCAAACAUCAUCGAAAGUCACAAAUGUGCCAAAGGGAUAUCUUGCAGUGUACGUUGGAGAGGAAAUGAAGCGGUUUGUGAUCCCCAUGUCAUACUUGAACCAAACUUCAUUUCAAGAAUUGCUGAGUCAAGCAGAAGAAGAAUUCGGAUAUGAUCAUCCAAUGGGUGGUCUCACAAUUCCUUGCACAGAAGAUGUUUUUUUGCAUACUACUUCUCACUUCAAUGAGCUAUAAAUCUGCAACUGCAAGAGGCUGACAUAGAUUAGUAGUGACAUAAUGACAUUCUGUACAAUAGGCAUCUUUUACACUUGUAAAUAUUUUCCUUUUCCCUUUAUUGGGAAAAUGGGUGAAAAUUGUCUAUAUGAAUAUGACAUACUCAUUUAAUUUAUUUCACUCUUUAUAUUUGUCUCAUCACAAUGACACAAUGUUUCAACAA